AUGAAGAAGCUACCCUUCCGCUAUCGAGUGUUUCGGAGCGACGUCGAGCUGACCCCUGGCAGCGAGAGGAGCGUCAACAAGCGGCGCCCUUUGAUGCGCGCUCGCGCGAGUGGCCGAUCGGACGGCUUUCCCGACCUCGGCGCGAGCACGCAACAGAAGCGCAUUACUACCGCUCCAAGAGGCGGCAAGCGGGCGGCAAGAGCGGCGGCCUCUCGGCCGUGUCAACAGGAGCGAGAGCUGGAUUCCCGACCCGGGCUGACUCCUGCUCGUGGCCAAAGCCCUUCCUCCUCUCAGAUCAGCAGGGUGCGGCCGCCACUUUCGGCCGUCGGCGGGUGGACCGAACCCGUUUUCUGGCUCAGUGUGUCAGUGGGCGAGAGAGCGGCGGCCUGGGCGCCUUGCUCGCUCACCAGUGGCUGUGUGGCCAUGAGCAGCGGCAGGCGCAUCCGUCCCGAGCGGUCUGCGGGCGCCCAGCGGCGCAACGUGCAGAAGCUCACCUGGCGAGACUCGCACUGGCUCCAGGGCUUCUCCGACGACCAACGCGGCGGCCCGUCGGCCAGCCUGAGUGACAUGGGCGGAGGAGCGGCGUUACGCCGCGUGCUGUUGCUCUGCGAGCGGCAGCAGCACCGCGAGGCCGCCGCGCUGCUCUCACGCCUCGCGCCGGCCGCCUUCCGUGCGCUGGUGGCCGAACUGCCGGUCGAGGUGCUGCUAGAGCAGCUGCCCGCGUCUCUGCCGCCCCUCGAGGCCCUGUACGCGCGUGCCACCUUCCUCGAGGAGCCCUCGACUGCACUGCAGGCGCUCAAGCCCGAUGCCCUUGUGCUACAGAUGGUGCGCCUCUUCGCGCAGCAACACGACGCCGACCGAGAUGGAGCCGCGCCGUGGCUCGCACCACCCCAGAUGAUCACCUCUUGCAAGAAGCUUCUCAAGAUGAUUCUUCAGGCAGAUCCCCGAGCGCGGCAUCAGCUCCGCGAGCGCAAGCAGGCACUGGAUCGGGCUCUCGAAGGUCUCGGCCAGCACGGCCUCGUCACCGCGGCCGGAGGCAGUGCCGAGGGCGAGGCACCUCUGCUACACUUGGGUGAGGCGCUGCGUGGGCAGCUGGAGUCGCUGCUGUCGCGCUGCAAGGUCGGCGCCCUGAGGCUGUCGGCCGGCCACGAGGCCGCACGCGUGUCACUCAACCGCGGCCCGGCGCCCAGCACGGUGUCACAUCAGCGCCAACUCAGCCUGCGCCGGGUGCAGGUGCAGGAGCGUCUCAUCCGCAACAAGACGCUGCUGGACGCCCUCGAGCCAGCCGAGCAGGCCGCCAGGGGCCUCGAGACACUGCUCGCCGUGCUCAGGAGGAGGAUACAGCUCGACAAGGAGGCCCUCUGCCAGUUCACGCAGCUGCGCAAGGAGAUCGCCGAGGAGCUGGACGAGGCUGCCGUGUUGGCACCCGUGCUGCUGCGUUACUCGGCGGGCUGCCAGCGGGUGCUCGAGCUGAUUCGCGACGUGGACGAAGACGACUCGGACCUCUCGGCCGGAUACCACUCGGACUCGGACCAAUCAGGCGCGCCCAUGCAGCGAGUGGCGGGGCAGGGCUGCAAGGCCCCUUCGUCAAACUACAGUUCCAGCUCGAGCGCGAUAGGGACCGACGUCCAGUCAUCAUCAUCUGAGAGCGCAGUGGCCGAGGAACUUGCCGCGGCACGCCAGACCAUCGCGACGCUACAGCAGCGGCAGCGCGAGCUCCAGGACCGGCUGGCGGUGCAAGCGCAGAGAAUGGUGGCGCGCGGGGGUCGCUUCGAAAGUUCAGCCCAGGGCGAACAGAGGCCCUCGGUGCUGGUGCGACGCUACGGCAGCCUGUACGCACAGGCACGCGUCGACACGCUGGACGCCCUCGACUCCAUCCCGCAGCUGCGGGGCGCCGAUGAGCUCAAGAGCAAGCUCCUCUUCUCUGUGGUCGUGCUGGGCUUCCGGUCGGUGCGACACAGCGUGACCGAGAUGAAGGCCCAAGUGCGGCGUGCUCUGCAGAUCCCGGCGCAGCUUAGCAGCGACCCACGAGUGCUCGAGCUCGAUGCCAGUGUGGACGACUACCUGCGCGCCAACCCGGACGCGUGCGACGUGUCCCGGAAUGUCGAGGAAGUCUGCGCACAGAUCUGGGCGACGCUGUAUGACUACCCGUGCCUGAAGGGCUGCGCAGGCCUGACGCGAUACGUGUGCGACUGCGUGCGGCUCGCCUGGGCGCUCAGCGUCCACGGGUUCGCGCUCGAGUUCGAGACGCGUGCCUUUAGGCGGGAGCUGCACGUGCGCUUCCACACGUCCGACCACAGAUCAGAGCGCAUCCGCACCUACCUGUGGCCGGCACUGCUGCAAGCGCCGCGAGGAGCCUGCGUACACAAGGGGGUCGUCGUCACCUGAGCAGAGACUCGCCGGGCCGCAAGAGGAGCACGCCUUCGGCAUCGUCCGAAACGCGCUUACCACAUGGCGGGAGACCGCCUUCGUGGGCACCUAAAUAAGGAGCUCACUGCAUCGCCAGCGGACUCGCCAUGGCGCCCCUGUACAUAUAUCACUCAAAAGUUGUUUUUUCUUUCUUCUUUUUAUGUUUAUCAGUAAAAUCUCCGUUCCUCGGGACAUUGUGAAAGUUCUGUUCAUAAUUUAGCCUUUCUUCUUUUGCUAAUCUACAAGCUAAAAAAAAGCAACUUCUUGCUUUCCAGAAAUGCAUGUGCUUUUUCCCGACUCGCGAGAUUUAAAAUAGUCGCGACAGGCUGAAUUAAUGUGUAUACACUGUUUAUUGGACUUGCCUCGGGAGAAAACUAAAGUAUCGACAUUAUGCAUGGCUUGCCGAAAACUAAGCCAUUGACAACACUGCCUCACGGCGAUGCUGCAAUAAUCCAGGUACGUCUCAACGGGAAAAUUUUGCGCAACAAAUACAUAUAAACAAGCACUUCCGAUUGGUUACAUAACUGGUUACCAGUGCCGCUGUGAUCCGAUAGCGAUGGGCACGUCGCCAGUUCAUCCACUUCACCGGAAGCACACUUUUCCGAGCCAAACCACUGUAAAGCGCUGCGAUUCACAGAGGACCCAGACGGGAGCAUCGCGGGUCAUGUAACCACAAUCUUGGGCGCAAAGUGUUCGUCAGUUACAACACCGGGCAUCAUUCUGAUCUACACGUAAGUACAUCAAACGAGUUCGCAAAGGAACGAAAAAAGGUGAUCGAUGAAAAUUUUACAAAGGAAUUAUUUGUUAGCAAAGAUAAACAAGGGGCAUGUUUCCAUAAAUUUUGUAAAAGUUGGAAGAAAACCACGGAGAAAGAAUCUCCAUGAAUUAAAGCAACGUAGAAGUGAUCUAUUACGCUUCAACAACUUUAUCAUUCAUUUUUGAGCACUAUAUAUAGUUGCGUCUCCCCCAACGUUUUUGACUGAAGUAAUAUUGAACUUCUAAUCGAUUGCUUCGUGUUUUAUUCUUUAUCAUAUGCAAGCCCGGUUAGUGAGUUGUAAAGUUAUUUGGCGACAGGUUUGAAUACCCAUAGUGUGGAGAGGCAUGGGUUCACAUAGAGAAAACACACUUUGCGCUACUUUUCUUUUCUGGCCGAAAACGGCAGCCAAUCGUAAUAAUCAACACAUCAUUAGUGAAUCUGACACUGCAAUGACUGUGAGCACAUGCGAACGACAAGAUUCGUGAAUUUGGCCUCUGUUUAAAGCACCCGAGAACACGCAGAAAAUAAAGACGAAAUGCGUCGAUGUUUCCCACAAGUGCCAUAAAAACGCUUGUCGAACGACGCGCAACCUGCCCGUAAGAAAAAAAAAUGCUGCAUCUUCGGGGUCUCGCACAUGCUUUUCUGUGAAUCCUAUUUAUUCCCGCCAUAAUGAGUGAAUCUUUGUGCCAAACUGUUCAAUAAAACACUCUGUGUGCGUCUAUA